GCAGUAUGGCUGCUGUUUUGUUAAUAGUCGCUGUCACUUCCUUUAUUUUGUUGUUAAUUUGGUUUUUCAAAACGUACGAAACAAGACAACGCGUGAACCAGAUACCUGGACGACCGGCUCUUCCACUGAUUGGAAAUGCGCACCAACUACAAACCAGUGGUUUUGGUUUCUACAAGCAGCUGUUUGACUACUCUAUGGAGAACCGGGAUUAUGGCAUGUUCAGGAUCUGGCUUGGAGUACAGCCCCUUGUUGGGAUCUUUAAACCAGAGUUUGUUGAGAAGCUUCUAAACAGCACCACGAUCUUGGACAAAGCUCCAGUCUACAAUUUCCUCCACCCGUGGCUGGGUACUGGACUCCUCACCAGUACAGGUACGAAAUGGCAUACACAUCGCAAGCUUCUCACCCCGACGUUCCACUUCAAGAUUCUUAAUGACUUCAUAACAGUGUUCAAUGAGAAGUCGCAGAUUUUAACGAGACGUCUGUCUGGAAAAGCUGAUGGGAAGCCAUUCAAUAUAUUUCAACACAUCACACUCUGUGCCUUGGACAUCAUCUGUGAGACAGCGAUGGGUAAAAAUGUUAAAGCUCAGGAGAAAAGUGACUCGGAAUACGUAACUGCAGUGUACAAAAUGGGUAAUUUGAUAAUGACCCGCAUUAAGACUCCAUGGUUCUGGAACAAACUUCUCUUCGGCAUGCUGGGUCCGGCUAGGGAACAUGACCGGUGUCUGGACAUUCUUCACCAAUUCACGCAGCAGGUGAUUGAAAACCGCCGUGAUCAGCUGAAGACCAGAACAAGUGGUGACCAGUCUGCGGACGGAGCUGUGGGUGAGAAGAAACGUCUGGCGUUCCUCGAUCUCCUUCUCAACACGAUGCACGCGGAUGGCAGCCAACAGCUGACCGAUGAGGAGAUUUGCGAGGAAGUCGACACGUUCAUGUUUGAGGGUCAUGACACGACGGCCGCAGCAAUGAACUGGACCAUCUAUCUGAUUGGCUCACACCAGGAUAUACAGGAGCGAAUUCACAGGGAAUUGGAUGAGAUUUUUGGUAAUACCGACAGGAUGGUGACUUCAGACGACCUUAAAGAAAUGAAAUAUCUUGAACGCUGUAUCAAGGAAGCACUUCGCUUGUUCCCGUCUGUACCUUCAUUUGGUAGGACUCUUACACAGGACUUGGAACUAGGAAAGGUCAAAUUGCCCGUGGGAACUGCUGUGGCUGUUUUUUUGCCUGCUCUACAUCGUAAUGCGGAUUUCUUCCCUGACCCUGAUGUCUUUGAUCCAGAUCGGUUUAGCCCAGAGAACAGCGUGGGCAGACAUCCAUACGCCUAUGUACCAUUCUCCGCUGGUAUGAGAAACUGUAUCGGUCAGAAGUUUGCCUUGAUGGAGGAAAAGAUUGUCUUGUCAUCCAUUUUGCGCAAGUUCCAUGUUGAGUCCGUGCAGACUCAAGAUGAGUUGAGACCGCAGUUUGAGCUGAUCCUGCGGCCGGAGAAUGGAAUUAUUGUCAAGCUUACUGAAAGAAAAUUACAAACGUCCAACUGACAGGAUUUCAUGUGUUUUACCGGUUUUAUCAGGGAUCAUGUGAUCCGCAACCUGUACGGAAUUACAUGUAUGUAUAUGUGAAAACCCCCAGAAAUUUGUUUUGUAUCACAAAUUUGUAUACUCUUUGUACAUGUUUCAAGAUUUUUCAUACAUGUAAAAUGUCCUUUACUAUGCAUAGUUAUAGUUGGUGUUUACACAGUAAGAACACGAAAAAAAAAGAAAUGCUAAAUUUAUGUAAUUUUCAUUUUUUAAGACUGGAUUAAAUCAUUAACAUAUAAUGAGGUUUAAGAGAAUUACAGGUUUAUGUACUGUUGAUCAUUUCACAGCAUUGGCAAUUAUAAUAUAGUAAACCUAUUUAAUUACAAAAUAACCAUAAUCCAUAUUGUUUCACCGGAUCAAACCGCAUAGGUGGAUCCAUUCAACUUUUUUUCUUUUUUCUUGUUCCGACCAGUGCACCACAACUGGUCAAAGGCUGUGGUAUGUGCUAUCCUGUCUGUGGGAAAGUGCAUAUGAAAUAUCCCUUGCUGCGUUAGGCAAAAUAUAGCAGAUUUCAUCUGAUGACUACAUCUCAGAAUUACCAAAUGUUUGACAUGAUUAAUUAAUCAAUGUGCUCUAGUGGUGUUGUUAAACAAAACAAUUCAACUUUUUAAUUGACUGUUUCUUUUGGGGUUCAGUAUAUGGAGUGGCGUAGCGUGGGUUGUCAGGUAAGUAUUGUGCCAUACUAACCAGUGGACCGUUAGCACUCUUCCAGUUUCUUAUACCAGUCCAGAAUGGGAAAGGGAAGAGAGGGAAGGGGAGGUGAAAUCAACACUGGGGAAAGGAAGAGAGGGAGGGAUUAGCAUUCAGUAGUACACGUUUUGACUUUAUUGCAAACAUGUAUGGCUAUACAUACCACUGGGAAUUGCUACCACCCUAUUUUCAAGCUUAUUGAAAGAAAAUGAAAAAUGUGCCAACUCAAUUGAGACAGAUUUGAUAUAUUUUACCAGUGAGAAUAGUUUUUGAAAGGAAGCUGAAAACGUCCAACUGAUUGAGAUCUAUUUCCGGUGAAUUUCUGUAAGGUAGAUUCGGUGUUUUAGAAAAAGUUAUUGUUAACUUUUCUGAAAUGAAACAAAGUGUGUAACGGAUUAAUGUUUUGUUGAUAGUAAUGAACUUUAAUACACUACAUGUCAUAAGUGCACCAAAGAUAUUGCUUGACCAAAAAUAAAUAAAUAUAGUGCUGAGUAUUUUGGGUAUGUUUCAAUAUCUGAAAUGCAUGAAAAUUUUUUUAAUUUUCUUUCUUUUUUUCUUUCAUUCUUUCUUUUUUAUUUAAAUUUUAUUAUAUUAUUAUUAUUAUUAUUAUUAUUAUUGUUGUUUUUUAAACUAAAAUUGCAAGUAAAAAGUUAAAAUUCACCAAGCCCAAUAAUAAUUGUUUUGUCUACAAAUAUUUAAUAUAUUAUUCAGAAUGUAUAUAUUUACUGUUUUAGAACUGUGUAUCAUUUUGUUCUACUGUACUGAGUUUAGAAAUAUAGAGGUAUAGCAUUGUUACCAUUACAUCUAGAAUAGAUUAUCUACCGAUAUUAUCUGAGAUAACAGGACUAGAAUUAAUGAUGAUGUAAAAUAUUAUAAACAUAACAGGUAUUUAGUGCCAUCUUAAUUUGUAAUUGUUUAUGAUUUUUUUAAAACAUUUAUUGCAUAUUUAUAUUCUCUACAUGUUUACGAUAAUUUUUAUUGAAAUAAAUUUAUACUGCUA